UAACUUCAACAAGUGUAUGAAAAAAAUCGAAAUGAAGCCAAAGAAAAAGAUUUUGUAAUGAAUAAUAAUAUCUGGCCGUGAUUAUAGAAUGGAGUAAAUGAAGAAAGGCCCAAUGUAAAUAUAUAUUUUUUGUCAAAAGGCCCAUACGAACGCUUUUCAUGGAUUAUUAUUAUCCUCUUCGUCCUGUAAACGCCACCGUUUCAUCUCGCAGAUUAAAUUUCUAACGACAGUCAUGUCUCCGUCAACGGCGUCGAGUUUCGUCGGCUCCAUCUUAGCGGUUGACGCCGCCGUCUCUGCCGCGAUUCACACGGCGGCGAAGCCAUUCCUCCCGCCGUUCAUCCUCCUUCUCCUGGAAAUCUCCGCCGAUUUCCGAUUCUCCUUCCCGGUCUCCCUAUCCCUCCUCCUCUCCCCUCCACUGCGCCCGUUCCUCAUCCCCUUCCUCCUCGGCCUCCUCCUCGAUCUAAUCUUCGUCGGAAUCGUGAAGCUGAUCUUCCGCCGCCCACGUCCCGCUUACAAUCAUCCCUCGAUGUCAGCUGCAGUAUCGGCCGAUCACUACUCGUUCCCCUCGGGCCACGCGUCUCGCGUCUUCUUCGUCGCCGCGUCGGUUCACUUCUUCACUUCUGAAGCUCCAGUGGUUUCUCCGAGCUACUCUUUCUUAGACGGGUGGGUGAGGGAUCGUGGAGAGGGAGUUGUGAAAGGAGAGGUCUUGGUGGGUGUGUGGAUCUGGGCUACGGUGACUGCUGUGUCGAGGAUUCUGUUAGGGAGGCAUUACGUGCUCGACGUGGCUGCUGGUGCUUGCUUGGGUGUUCUAGAAGCUCUCUUUGCUCUUCGGUUUCUGAGAUUCGAACAGAUCUUGGGGUGGUGGUAAGAACAUUGUUAUUGUUGUUGAUGUAAUGUUUGUGACAUCAAUUGAUUUUUUUUCGAUUACAUUGUCAAAAACAAUGGUUACUUUUAUGUUUCAUGAAUUCAAAGUUUGUGUCUUUUGGUUUCACUUUCACCACAGGCUCUUGUAUGAAAUGAAAUGAAAUAUUGUGUUAUAUGAUCUGUUACUUCAUGAAAAUGCUUGUUCAUUGUGUUACGUUAAAGUAGAAAAGGCUAAACCUUACGCAUUGAUGCUACUGUUACCUGAAUAUGGACCUGAGAUUAUGUAUGAGACAGUGAACAAGCGGAUGAGUAUAAUCUCCUUAGUUUACUUGUACACCUUUUACCAUGUUCUUUUCUAUCUAUGUGGAUUCAAAUGAUAAAUCGAGGGAGAAAAAGCACUGGCAUGUGGAAUGUUGGGAAUGAGACUGUGACUGAUUGAUUAGAUGUUUUUUGCGUUGCUGUGAACGUGUUAUGCUUGCUAAUAGACCAUAGGCUAUGAGUAGGUUUCUUUUUUCUGUGCUCUCUUUCUUAGUGUAGUAGCCAACAUGUUUUUGUUGAUUGGCUUGAUCUCGAUGGCUUCUAGAGUGUCAAUAGCUUCCCGUUGUUGGAUAUACUAUUGCAAGUUAGGUUGCAGGUUUUCAAUCUCUGCCUCUUAGACCGCCUUUAGUUUGUUCUGAUAGUACAUCAAAGGUUCAGUAGUCAGUUAGUAAGUAAGUUAGAAUGUUUUAAGGUUGCAGGAGAUGCGUGUGAAACUUACACGUUUCUGCAAUAUGUAAGAGAUUGUCUUCUACACUCGUGGAGCAAACUGUGAGCCAUAUAAAUUGUUUGGAACAGUGAACCUGCGGAUGAGUACAACCUCCUUACUUUACUUGUACACCUUUUACCAUCUCCUUUCUAUCUAUGUAACUUCAAAAGAUAAAUCGAAGAAAAGAAAAGCAGUGGCAUGUGGAAUGUUGGGAGUGAGACCAUGACUGAUUGAUUAGAUGUUUUUGCGUUGCUGUCAACAUGUCAUGCUUGCUAAUAUCUGUGGUUUAUUCCUCUGCGUUUUUGAAUAUUUCAUACCUAUGAGUAGGUUUCUAUUUUUCUUUGCUCUCUUUCUUAUUGUAGCAGCCAAUAUGUUCUUGUACCAUGUGACAGAGUCUUUUCUUUAUCGUCAGAAAAAUAAUACCGUUGCUAAACUUCAUUUUGGCUCGAUCUUGAUGGCCUUCUACAUUCUCAAUAGCUUCCCGUUGUUGGAUAUACUUUUGCAAGUUCGGCUGCAGCUUUUCCUACAGCAAUUCCUGCAGGAAACUCAGUUGGAUUAGACUGAGAAAACAGGGUCAAGCUUAGAUGGCCAAGGAGGUGUAUAGUUCCUAAAUCUAAAAGUUCAGUUAUUAUAACUUUCUGACGGUAACAACAAUCUCUCUUUUAUAUUUUUUGUAUCCACCAUAUUGCUUCUUGGAUUGGUUCUUGUUGUUAACCAGAUAAACCAAAAUACCAGAACCGAUCGGUUAUGAGUUUGGAGUGGGAGUAGAUCAUUUAUGAGAGUGUAGUCAAUUGAGAGAUUGGUAUGUGUUGUUUUCUUUGGUAUUAUGUAUGCUGCAAAAGUAGAGGCACACAAAGUAAGAUGGUACAUCAAGAACAAUGCCCACCAGUGGGAAACUUUUUAUUAUGAGUUCACAUGGUUCUUUCCUGUAGAUCAAACAAGGACAUACCUUGUUUCAACCUUAAUGAUCACUUUUAGAUUAGCUUCUUA